AAAUGGUUCUUUGUUUGGAGACGAACUCACACGGUAAACGUUUGCGCAAUUGCAGUCUUUGCAAUUCGCAUUUCAACCAGGAAGGACUGAAAGCGAUUACGCACAGCGUGGCACUGAUUCCGACUGGGAGCCCCCAGCACCGCCCCCAGCGCCAACUUGUUCAUCCAGCCGGACCCCUGCUGUCUCUGGGCCAUCUACCGGUGUGAAGGCACCGACAAAGAAGCGGAAGAGGGGAAGUGUGCCACCUGCUAGCGAAGGGACAGAAGGGCGUUGGCACACUGUCCUAGAAGAUGAUGUGGAGCCACCCCAGCCAACUUUCCGACCGAAAAGGAAGCCAGGACCUCAGGUGAACUCGAGCACAACAUACAGCCCCCUUGAGCUUUUUCAGUUGUUUUUCACCCAAUCUGUUGUAGGUUCACUCGUGUCUAACACGAAUAAGUUUGGGAAGAAGAGGCAGGCAGGCAAAAAGGUAGCAUGGAAGCCCGUAUCCAUGUCAGACUUUUACUGCUACCUUUCACUGGUCAUCUACAUGGGGCUGGUGAAGCUGAAAAGCCUGACGGACUACUGGAAAACGUCAUCACUCUACCAACUGCCUUUCCCCAUGACUGUUAUGUCCUGCAAAAUGUUUCUGGUUGUUUCACAGGCACUUCACAUCAGUGACCCAAAGGUUGAUGAAGAGAAUGACAAGAAGAGAGGCACAGCAACGUUUGAUAGACUGUGCAAAAUCAAACCUCUCUACUCCAGCAUUGUUGAGGCCUGCAAGACCUACUUUCAGCCAGCCCAGAACCUGUCAAUCGAUGAGAGGAUGGUAGCCUCAAAGGCCAGAAUUGGCCUCAAACAAUACAUGCGAAACAAACGAACCAAGUGGGGUUACAAGCUGUUUGUGUUGGCUGAUUCUGUGUGUGCAUACACAUGCAAUUUCUUUGUCUAUGAGGGGAAGAACACUUGUGCGACUGGUAAGGGACUUAGCUAUGACUCUGUAAUGGAGUUAUUGGAUUUUCAACUGCUAGGGAAGGGCUACAAACUGUUUGUGGAUAACUUCUACACAAGCCCUACCCUGUUUACAGACCUUAGGAAGCGGGAGGUGUGGGCUUGUGGCACCAUUCGUACCAACAGGGUGGGCUUUCCGAAGACCAAGGUGAACGACAUGCCUAAGCGGGCUGAGCGGGGGACCAUGUGAUGGAUCCGUGAAGAUGGCCUGCACCAUGCGAUGGAUCCGUGAAGAUGGCCUGCACCAUGCGAUGGAUCCGUGAAGAUGGCCUGCUGUUUGUAAAGUGGAUGGAUACCAGAGAGGUGGUGAUGUGUACAACUAUUCACAAGUCCUUCAAUGGGGAUCAUGUUGUCCGGCGUCUCAAGGAUGGUGCUGGGAAUUGGACCACCAAAAAUGUCCCCAUUCCAACUGCAGUAAAGGACUACAACAAGAGCAUGGGAGGUCUGGACCUAUCAGAUGCGCUGAUAGGCUAUUACAAUGUUCUGCAUAAGACAAUGAACUGGUACAAGACCUUCUUCUAUCAUUUCGUCGACAUUGCUGUGGUGAAUGCAUUCAUCCUACACAAGGAAAUGGCUAAGAGCUGUGGAAAGCCCUUCCUCACACAGAAAGCCUUCAGAGAGCAGCUCAUCAAGGAGCUUGCUGGCUACAGCACCACUGCACCACGCCCUGUCCCUUCUGCUCCUGCCACAAGUGUUCAUCUGCCCAGAUAUAUUUGUGCAGACAUGGAUGCGCCUAAGGGCCAAAAGGGCACAGCAUGGAGGCGUUGCUGUGUUGUUUGCAAGAGGAAGUCCCCCAUCACAUGCACAACAUGCUCGGUGACCCUCUGCUUUACAUCAGAAAGAGACUGCUAUGGCAUCUGGCAUCGACAGCAGAAUAUUGUUUAGAGCUUUGGCAAAGUGGGUGGGGUUAUAUCCUUCCUGUUUGGCCCUGUCCGGGGGUCUCAUCGGAUGGGGCCACAGUGUCUCAUGACCCCCUCCUGUCUCUGCCUCCAGUAUUUAUGCUGCAGUAGUUUGUAUCGGGCUAGGGUAAGUUUGUUAUAUCUGGAGUACUGUUCCUGUCUUAUCCGGUGUCCUGUGUGAAUUUAAGUAUGCUCUCUCUUUCUCUCCUUCUUUCUCUGAGGACCUGAGCCCCAGGACCAUGCGUCAGGACCCCCUGGCAUGAUGACUCCUUGCUGUCCCCAGUCCACCCGACCUUGCUGCUGUUCCAGUUUCAACUGUUCUGCCUGCGGCUAUGGAACCCUACCUAAACUGUUCAUUUUUACUCUUGAGGUGCUGUCCUGUUGCACCCUCUACAACCACUGUGAUAUCCACCCGGCACAGCCAGAAGAGGACUGGCCACCCCUCAUAGCCUGGUUCCUCUCUAGGUUUCUUCCUAGGUUUUGACUUUCUAGGGAGUUUUUCCUAGCCACCGUGCUUCUACACCUGCAUUGCUUGCUGUUUGGGGUUUUAGGCCGGGUUUCUGUACAGCACAUUGAGAUAUUAGCUGAUGUAGGAAGGGCUAUGUAAAUACAUUUGAUUUGAUAGAGGACUGAGGGUAUUCCAAAUAUUGAAAGUGUGUAAAUAGUCACCCAUGUUAUUUUGUAAAUGUAUAUUUAUUUAUUUUUUCAUUUUUUUUUUCUAUAAAUUUCCCCCCCCUUUUUAAACAUUUAUUUUUCAUAUUUUUUUCUCUAUUUUUUGGGGGGGGUGUUAGAAUACCAUUUUGGUAUUUUGUAUAUAGUUAUUUGUUUCAAAAUGUAUACCUUCACCAAUUUGGCCACUAGGGUACUUUUGGGCUACUUGUGUGGGACACCUGGGUGACUUCAUGAUAAAUGUCAUGUAGCACACUCAUUUUGGAAGUUAUCAUUCUGAAACUUUGCACAAGUACUGUUGCCUUAUGUUUUCCACUGAAAUUGUCCCCAUAUUCAUAUCUAAAUGUUUGUUUUAUCUUGUUCAUUUUAAAUAUGAUGAUACAACAAUUAAAAUGAAAAAACAUAUGUUUUUUUCAUUGUAUUAUCAAGACCAGAUCUAUUGUGUUAUAUUCUCCUACAUUCAAUUCACAUUUACACAAACUUCAGAGUGUUUUCUUUCAAAUGGUACCAAGAAUAUGCAUAUCCUUGCUCCUGGGCCUGAGCUAGAGACAGUUAGAUUUGGGUAUGUCUUCACUCUCUCUAUCAUCCAACAAAAACUCAGAGCCUUGACAAACUGUGUGUGUGUGUGUGUGUCCAACCCUGGGCAAAUAAAUAGAGCUGAAGGACA